AAUUACCUACCUGCGGCAGGCAGUAAUGCGACAAUUUUAACGCAAACCGAGUCUGAAAGAAGAAGAAGAAGAAGUAGUAGUAGAAGAAGAAGAAGAAGAAGAAGACGACGUUGUCUUGCUGAUAAGGAAGUGGUCGACACAAUUCUUACGCUGCUAUUGGCUGCAGAAAUGUCUUGUCUGGACUUGGCAAAGAGAUGGCUUCCUGCACAGCUGCUGGUCAUGUGGAUGUUGACCAGCAUUUCUGAGUCCAAAGUGUAUUUGUUUGCUCCUGAUGCUGUCACCCUUGAGGAAUAUUCUGAAGCCAACAUAACCAUUACUUCCAGUUCCCCUGUCAACCAGUCAGCUGUGAUUUACUUAAAUGUAACGUACAGCUCGAAGUGGAACUGGUCAUCUGUGCUCACAGUGCCUGAGCAGCUAUUGCUGCCGGUGAAUUCAACCUCAGUCACUUUCAGUGUGACAUCCCAUGAUGUCGGUCAGGUGACCACAUACCUGCUUAGCAACUACACAGACUUCAACAGUUUGUCCAUCAGGAUCCGAUUUAUGGUUGUACGUAACAACGUCCUGUCAGUAAUCAGUCAAAUAAUUGGCUGGAUUUACUUUGUGGCCUGGUCUGUCUCCUUCUAUCCACAAGCCUGGCAGAACGGGAAAAGGAAAAGUGUUGUAGGUCUCAACUUUGACUUCUUGGCUCUCAACCUAACUGGCUUCAUCGCGUACAGUGUCUUCAACAUAGGACUGUUUUGGGUGCCUUAUGUAAAGGAGGAGUUUCUCAGGAGGAACCCUAAUGGAAUUAACCCUGUCAGUGCUAAUGACGUCUUCUUCAGUCUCCAUGCUGUCCUUCUCUGUUUGGUCUACAUUAUUCAGUCUGCUGUGUAUGAGAGGGGAGGUCAAAAAGUCUCCUGGAUGGCCUUGUUCUUGUUGCUGAUUGGCUGGACAUUUGCCUUGGUUAGCUUCUUUCUUGCUGUAGCCAAACAAAUCACCUGGUUGGAUUACCUCUACUAUUUCUCCUAUAUUAAACUAGCAGUCACUCUAAUCAAAUAUGUGCCACAGGCAUACAUGAAUUACAGAAGACAGAGUACUGAGGGUUGGAGUAUUGGCAACGUGUUGCUGGAUUUCACUGGUGGAAUCUUUAGUAUUCUACAGAUGAUCUUACAGUCUUACAAUAACGAUGAGUGGAGGCUUAUAUUUGGUGAUCCUACAAAGUUUGGUCUUGGUCUAUUCUCUGUGGUGUUCGACAUUCUCUUCAUGACUCAGCACUACUGUCUCUACAAACAGACAUCACAGUAUGAAGUUAUUUCAGAGCAAUUAGAAGACUGAUGAUAAUCAGUGCAAUGUUUAUAAAACACACAAAGUGAGGAAAUGAUUCAAGAUGGUAAAAAGAUGUCAGUUGUCAUGUUCAAUAUGGUAUAAUAAAUAUGAGAUAUUUUGGGGCUUUCCAGAGCAGAUACAUAGUGUUUUGACAUAUUUCUGGAUCAGGAGUAGUCUUUUUUUAACUUCACUGUAUGUCAUCAGGUAACACUGAUGUAAUUUUACACUGUUUCAAGCUAUUCAGGGCGUAGGUUUGGUCUCUAAUAUUGAGUUAAUAUAGUAUUUACAUUAUUAUCUUUGUCACUUACCCCAGUGACUCACCAUUCAAGCCCAACUUCAGCCCUUUUUUGAGGCUUUCAUGUUUUACAGAUAUUUAAUGCAUAGUGGGGCCUUAUGUUACAGAGUAUCUUGUGCAUCUGGAGGAGAUGCCCAGGGAUGUGAUAAGAUAUAUACAAACAUUUGUUUAAUAGACUUGGGGUGCCAUUUAUUUUUGAGGGAAAUUUUAAAUAUUGAGUGAAUUGUGAAAUACUGGUGAAAUGAACUUGUUCUGAUGUAUUUUUUUUUCCCAAAAUAAACUCAUUAACAAAUA